AUGGCAGGGACCAUCAUUUACAUUAAAUGUCUGUGCAAUCCUUGGUGCUGCUCUCCCUGUCGCUCUCCCUCUCUGGAGAUUUCCGUCCGGGUUCCGGCAAGAAAAGGCAGGAUCAGUUUUGUCACCCUUUUGAGGCGUUGGCAUCGUGAGGAGCGCUCAGAGCCUGCGCCCGCUCUGCAGGAGGAGACGCAAGCUGCCAGUCCAGAGGAGCCGCAAGCAGAAGGUAGCACCACUGCCAGCAGCAGUUCAGACAGUUCAGGCGCGCAAGCCGUUCCGGGCGACUCAGGCUACACGACCGUCAUGCUGCGGAACAUCCCCAACAAGUACACCAGGGAGAUGCUCGUGAAGCAACUCAACCAGGAUUUCAAAUCACGAUUUGACUUCGUUUACUUGCCCAUUGAUUUUAAGAACAAGUGCAACGUGGGCUAUGGAUUCAUCAAUUUCCGUACAUCCGCAGCCUGCGACGAAUUCAUCGCGAAGUAUGAUGGUGUCGAUGUUCGCAAGUGCCUCCCUGGGCUGAACUCCAAAAAGGUCGCUGGAGUGACGCCUGCUCGCGUUCAGGGCCUCGAGGAGAAUGUCCGGCGCCUGCGAACAGGACCCGUCAUGAAUGAGCUCGUCAACCAUCCAGAAUGGAUGCCCCUGCUGCUGGAUGAGAACGGAGAG